AACAGAUCUGUGAGAGAAUCCACAGAAUACAGAGGACAUAGGACUCUGACAUGACUAUAAAAUUAGGAUUUGUGCAGUGUACUCACCUCUACGUAAGCCAGCCUGAAGGUUUCUCAUUGAUUGCUUACCCGAAUUACCUUUGCAAUGUGCCCCAGCUGUACACAGAUGAGAAAUCCUGCCCCGGGAAUUAUGAAAUACCUAGAUAGAUCAUUCACUUCAUGACAGUCCUUCAAUAACAAGUAGCCUGGAGGUUUCAACUGGAGGAUGUAUAAAAUAGCAUCAUCCUCCCUGGUCCCAUAAAACCUCAGGCUCCUCCGGGGGGGUGACUUGCCUACUUAUCUUCUGGGACGAUUUAACGUUUUAGCUGAGUAAUGUCACAGCAGAGGCAACAACCUUCAGAGCUCCCAAAUGCUCCCAAUUGUUCACCUCCCAAAGGCCCAAACCUCUGUCUGACUACCUGCUCAACAUCUUGCGGGACUUCUUGUUCAGCAGGCUGUUCUUCCCACUCAAAAAGGCUGAAGCUUAGGAACACUGUUAGCCGCAAAAAAGUUCACCACCCACAACCUCGUUGUCUUAGAGGUGGUACCACCUACCACUGCAAAGAAGAAGAGUGCUAAAAAACCUGGGCACAAAGGAGGGUAAAUAGCUACAGUGAUGUUUCCACCUAAACUCAUGAAUUCAACCAGGAAGGUCAGACCCUCUACCUCUCUUGCCUAGAAAAACAUUUCUUGUUUCUAUCUUCAGCCCACCCAUUCAGUUCAACAAUAAAAUUGAUCAUAGUGC